ACACACACAGAAUCCCACAAGUGAGAGACACAUUACCCUGGAUUUUAUACCUGUGAAGAUCAAGUGGAGGGAAAAAAUAUCUUUCCACAAGGAUUGACCUGCUCCCAGCCAGAAGAUGCUUUUUUCCUAGUUUUUGCAAGCUGCUUGGUGGAUUUGGUGUUGCCUCAAAUUAUUUGUUCUGCACAUUAUUUCACAAAGCAGAGUGUCUGUGUGUUUGCGGAGGGGGAGACAGGAGAGCCAGAGAAUGCUAUCACAAGUCUUGAGGAUUUUGUGUGUCUUGUCUUUUUGCUUUUUUCAAGACAGCUUUAUCAGGCCAGGAUCCUGCAAGGAGGAGAUCAAAUCAGCCAGCAGGGCAGCUUCCCAGGCCAUGUCUCCGUCCGACUUUCUCGACAAACUCAUGGGAAGAACCUCGGGAUACGACGCCCGCAUCAGGCCCAACUUCAAAGGUCCACCUGUAAAUGUCACCUGCAACAUCUUCAUCAACAGUUUUGGGUCUGUCACAGAAACCACAAUGGAUUACCGUCUGAACGUCUUCCUACGACAGCAGUGGAACGACCCCCGGCUGGCUUACAGCGAGUUCCCGGACGACUCCCUGGACCUCGACCCUUCUAUGUUAAACUCCAUUUGGAAGCCUGAUCUUUUCUUUGCAAACGAGAAGGGUGCCAACUUCCACGAGGUCACCACGGACAACAAGUUGCUGCGGAUCUUUAAGGACGGGAAUGUGCUCUACAGCAUCAGGCUGACUCUGAUUCUGUCCUGCCCUAUGGACUUGAAGAAUUUCCCUAUGGAUAUUCAGACCUGCGCCAUGCAGCUUGAAAGCUUUGGUUACACGAUGAACGACCUGAUCUUUGAGUGGCUGGAUAUCAGUCCCGUGCAGGUGGCCGAGGGGCUCACUCUCCCCCAAUUUAUUCUGAAAGAUGAAAAAGACCUGGGCUACUGCACCAAGCACUAUAAUACAGGUAAAUUCACUUGCAUUGAGGUGAAGUUUCACCUGGAGAGACAGAUGGGCUACUACCUGAUCCAGAUGUACAUCCCCAGCCUGCUCAUCGUCAUCCUGUCCUGGGUCUCCUUUUGGAUCAACAUGGAUGCAGCUCCAGCGCGGGUUGGUCUGGGAAUCACCACCGUGCUCACAAUGACCACCCAGAGCUCAGGCUCCCGGGCCUCCCUACCUAAGGUGUCCUAUGUGAAGGCUAUCGAUAUCUGGAUGGCUGUGUGUCUGCUUUUUGUGUUUGCGGCCUUGCUUGAGUAUGCAGCCGUAAACUUUGUAUCCCGGCAGCACAAAGAGUUCAUGCGGCUGAGAAAGAAGCAGAGGCGCCAAAAGAUACGGCAGCUAUAUGCAUAUGGACAGGACAGAGCUGAAAUUCCUUUGGAAAGAAUAUUUACUGUGAUUAAAGAUGAAGACCUGGCUCGUGACAGCCGUGGCUUCUACUUCGGAGGCUACGGACUGGGACACUGCCUGCAGGUGACGGACGGCACCGCGGUGGAGGGGGCCACCAUCUUUGCCCCCCCGCCACCCCCUCCCCUACCCAAGGACACCGAGGCUAUCCGCAAAAAGUUUGUGGAUCAAGCCAAGCGCAUCGACACAAUAUCCCGGGCAGUCUUCCCUUUGUCCUUCCUCUUUUUCAACAUUUUCUACUGGAUCACCUACAAAGUGUUGCGGCACGAGGACAUCCACCAGGCCUUGUAGGAAACGUUUCUUUUCUAAACAGAACUGCCUGUAAGAUUUCAAAGAAAAGGAUUCGAUUGUAUUUACUGCUACAAGACAACACGUGGAGUGUGUGACAGAAAUAAGUGCUCUGGAAAAAUCUACCCUGAUGUAAAAUUGCUUUUUUUUUUAACAGCAACCUGUUUCAUUGUUCUUUUAAUAACUUGUUCAUCCUUGGAUGGUGUUCCAAGAGAGCCCCAUUGAAUUAUAGACUAAACCAAGAGACUCACGCUUCUUCUCAUAACAGCCCUUCAGAAGGUAACAUGUACCGGUUACUUCUUGUUAUUCUCUCAUCUAUUCUCAAUUCUGUUUGUACUUACCUUAGUCUUGCUGGUAUGUUCAAGCUGUAAAUUGCUUCUAAGUUGCUGCACUAACGUGUGCCGAUCACAGUUCCCGCCUAGGAUUUGCCAUAGUCCCAUAUCACAAGGGAGAAGCAGCUUUACAGAAACUCUGUCAAGUGCAUAAGUCACAGAUAUGACCUUCACUGGGUGAAAAUGAGCAAUUUAGAUUUAUGAAAGUAACAUUGCAAAUAUACAAGAAUACAUAAAAAUAUACUGUGAGUAAGAAAACACAAAGUAAAUUCCAAGGAUGUUAUCUUUUGUAGUCUGAGAAUUGCAUUUAAAUUAUUUAUUUUAUUUUUUUUAGCAGUUUGCUGAAGACCUGCUUGAUUUGAAAAGGGAGUCAUUCAGCUCCACCCCUUUAGAGACAGCUUUUAAAGUUAGAUUUAAAAGAAAAAAAAUGUAUUCUACCAUAUACUGUAUCUAAAAAAUGAAUGUUUUUGAAGAAAAAAAAUGUACCUAAAAAAAUAUUUUUUACUUGAUCUUUGAAUUGCUAACUUGGGGCGAUGCUUAUAACUAACUAACUAUUCUGAAGUUUUCCCCUUCCAAAUGGAUCAUGUUGAAUAUACUGAAUCUAUAAAAUUACAUGCCAUAGCUGCAGAAUUUGAAUGUCUGGAUGUCUGUAGAGGUUUUCUUGACAAAACUAAGAUCAAAAACUUUGUUUGAAAUAACAGCAGAGCUUUACCAUGCCUCUUCUCAAAACUCCUUUCAACCUCCAAGCUGACAGCUCUGACAUGACCGGCAUGUUAGAUUUAGAUGCCCAAUGGUGUAACUCAAGCUGCAGUGUUUUGUUACAAAUUUGAACAUGGGAGCUUUGUGAUUCAAGAGAUUGAAAACCCAAGCCACGGGACCAAAUGCAUGGUACAUAUUUAACAGAUCAAAACAUGCACGUCUGUCUUUUUAUUUGGCAACAGCCAGUUACUGUACCCCUCCCCCUACUCUUUUUUAAAAACAUUUUAGCCUGGAAGAAAUACUAUUUUUUCAUCAUUUGCAUGGUUUAUGCUGUAUGUUUUAAUCGGUUUGGAGAAUUGUCUGCUGGUGUUGAUGGAUUGAAGUCAUGUUUCUUCAAGAUGGAUGAGUUUGGACUCUAGAGACAGAUAAAUUUGGACUCUGAGACUGGAAUACAGGUGGUAAUAAGAUGGUAUUGCACUACGUGCGCAAGUCUGAGUCAUCACUGCAAGAGGAACGUGGCCUUGAGGUAUUGCAUCAGCAAAAGUAGUGCAAUAAACAAGCCCUAACCCACAAAGUAAUAGAGCUGAUAUGAAACCACCUGAAGGAAACCCAAGAGUGUGACAACCCUCUUCUGUUAUGUUUUCAUGGGUAAUAAGUUUGUGUAUUUGUUGAAAUACAGUCAGCUUCACUAAAUCAGGAUUUCUGCUUAAUGGGAUAUAACUCUGGGAGCCGGUUCGUCUCAAUUCUCUUUAUGCCAUUUAACUGGGACGUCACUUCGUUUAAUUGGGAUACAGUAUUUUCAAAUGAACGGGGAUCAUUUUUCAA